AUCAUUCGAUUAUAAUCAGACAAAUUGAUAAAUACAGUGUAAAAUACAAACAUGUUUGUCCUCUAGUCUAAAAUGUCAUGGGGACAUGACUUUUGCUUGUUGUGUCUACCACCCCACAUUGCGCCGCUUUCCGCGCCGGGCGUUGGUGCGUUUCAGAUACGCACGGCACUGGCACAGUCCCAAAUGCAAAGAGCGCUCCCAACUUCUGACCAACGACAGCUCUCCGCCGCUCACCGCGCCGCCGGACUGUCAAGUGAAAAUGGGUCUCGAAAAGGCGAAUUACGAAACGAGUAUUAUCAUGGACGAGGACGAGUUCAACAGAUCAAUCGAACCGAUUCUGUCGAAAAAAGACAAUGUUUAUGCGGCGAUUCCAGACCGAGAUCCUAAUGACAUAAACGCUCACUUAAAGGUUGGUUUUGACGAUGUGAUAGCAGAGCCCAGUUCGAGCCACAGCUUCGACAGAGUAUGGAUAGGAAGUCACGCUGUCUUCGAACUGGUCAAAUACGUCUCCUACCGAAUACUGACCACCAUCCUUGCCGUGCCCAUGGCGUUUAUCCUCGGUAUUGUCUUCGGGGUCUUCAGCUGUGUUCAUAUUUGGGUGCUGAUGCCGGUGGUGCGGAGCUGUCUGAUGGCGCUGCCCUCUGUCCAGAUUGUCUGGAGCAGCCUGACAGACAUGCUCGUCACCCCCCUCUUCCACAGUAUGGGCCGGUGUCUGUCAUUGGUUCACGUCAAGACCACAGACAACUGAUAGGGGCUUUCCUUCCCUGUCAUGAAGACGCACAGAGGGGGAAGGCACAGAGGGGGAAGGCACAGAGGGGGAAGGCACAGAGGGGAAGGCAUGGGAUCGGAUGAGAGAGACAUAUAAAUGAUUUAUUAAAGAAUAUCACUUUUUUGACUUAUGUCUAAGUGGAAAAAUAAGGUAUCCUUUACUCAUGUUUGUGUUGAAAUAUAUAAGCUCUUUAUAAAGCCAACAUCAACACUCCAUAAUAUCUGGUAGAAUGAUGAUAUAAUAAUUUAUAAGAAGGCUAACAGUUACCUGUAAAGUAAUGAUAAGUUAUAAGUGGUCAUAAAGGUUGAUUGGGGUAAACAUCCCUUAGACAACACCAUGACACCAUCUGGGUAAUAAGAUGAUCCAACAUGAUAAUUUAUGUCAUCUGGAAUUUCACAAAAGAUUAAUCAUAAUGUCUCAUGUUUAAAGAAGUGCUUGUGUCAAGCUUUAUAAAGGGCUUUUAUGUAUACUGCCAAAUGAACAUUUUGCAUUUGUGACCAAAACUAAUUAUUGUAAUUCCAUAGUUCUGAUUCUAAAGAACUGUUUUAAUCAUGUUGGAUCAGAUCAGGGCAACAUGGGAAUUGACAAUAAGGCAUCUCACCAUUCCUGACAUCAGACAUGUAAUAUGUGUGUAGUUUCUGCUUUUUAUGUGUUGUACAUAUAGCAGAGGAUUCGGCAGGAAAUUGAAUGAAUGAAUUCCUUCAUAUGUUUUCUGUAAUAGAGUGUACCUAGAUCCAAGAUGCUGGGGUGCAGAUUAUUGCAUACUUGUGCAGCCUUAUUUUGCUACUGCUGUGUUGAUCUCGCAGUGCUUUGGAUAUAUUUUUGGGCAAUAGCUUUUAUAGUAAGGGGCAGUUUCCCGGACAUAGAUUAAGCCUAGUGUCUAGCCUAGAGAUUCUCCAUUAAGCUUCCUUUUAGUCUCCAUUAAGCUUCCUUUUAGUCUCCAUUAAGCUUCCUUUUAGUCUCCAUUAAGCUUCCUUUUAGUCUCCAUUAAGCUCGCUUUUCUGCGUCCGGGAAAACCUAAGACAGUUGUAUACAUUUUGAACAGGAGGUGGACUAAAUGUCCAAUAUAAUAUAAAACAGGAGUAUUGGCUCUCUAACUUAUUAUUUAUAUGCCACGCACAAUUGUCAUGUUUCUUGAUUGUCCAUGUUUUGAUUGAAGACAUGAAAAAACUGGACAGAACUUGUGUCUUAUGUUUCUGAAGAUAAUGAGGUGACUACACUCCAGUUUAUUGUAUUGAGUGAAGCGUUGAUACACUUGUCAGGUACAUGGCUGUAGGCCUACACUCUUAGAAAAAAAGGUGCUAUCUAGAACUUAAAAGGGUUCUUCAGCUGUCCCCAUAGGAUAACCUUU